AAGCGCGCACUUUCGUCAUUGUUGAAGCAAAAGGCGGACACUUCGGUCGGCAUGUCUGCUGCGCACCUUUCGUCGGCGAAUUCGGCCCCGGCGACGCCGAAGCGGCGCCGCGUGUCGCCCAGCGGCGGCGACGCGCCCAUCAUCAACGAGUGGGGCCUGUCGUGGGGCUGGACGACCCCGGCCUCCUCCUCGGACAACGAGUCUCCGGGCUGCUCGGGGGGCCGCGGCGGCGGCGCCGAGAACAAGCGGGGCCGGCCCAGGGCCGACAUGAUCACGGGCCUGAUCGAGGAAGGCGCCGUUUCGCCCUCGGCCAUCAAGUGCAAAUUCUGCUCCAGGGUUUUUCCCAGGGAGAAAUCGCUCCAGGCCCAUCUUCGCACGCACACAGGUGAAAGACCGUACGAGUGCGACUACCCUGGCUGCACAAGAGCCUUCACGCAAAGUGGCCAGUUGAAAACGCACCAGCGACUCCACACUGGCGAAAAACCGUUCCGCUGCUCUGAAAUCAACUGCCCGAGCAGAUUCACUCACGCCAACAGACAUUGCCCUGACCAUCCGAAUUCCACCCUGAGGAGGUCCAACGACUUUGUUUUGCAGCAGGUUGCCAACACGGAACAGCCCACUGAGGUUCGAAAGUGGCUCGAAAGAUAUCUCCAGCGCCAACAGGAAGAAACGCCUGUUGCAAAGAAUCCGGAGCAGAGCCCUGCCGCUCCACCCUCGUCCCCCAAGAAGCAGAGCAAGGCCCGCAAAGGUCUGCUCUCUGAAGUGGACCAGCAGGAGAACAAAACUCCCCACAACACCCCUGCCUUUGCGCCUCUGCCCAUGUCGGCCGAGAAACCAAAACGGAGGUGGCUGCGCGAGGCCGGUCUGGACGGCGUCCUUCCCGAAGCCAAAAGCGAGUCGGUCCAGCUGGCCCGACCGCUGCGGUGGUCCGAGACGGAGGACUCGAGCGUCCACGCCGCCAACCUGAUGCGGCCUUCGGUGCUCAUGCUCGCGUCGUCGCGUCCGCCCGAGGAGGAGUGGCUCGGGGCCAUGGCCCUGGUCGCCCUUUCCAACAACCAGAAGAUCAACCAGCAGCACCAACCCCUCGACCUCGCCAUGAACGAAUACACUGCCCUGUAGAACUCUGUUUGAAACUGACUUUUAAAACAAAAAUAAUACGAUUUUAUCCGAAAUUUGUCAAUUUCAUCGACUUGAGCAAGUUCUUUACUUUAUUAUAUUCUUUUGUUGAUUCUGUUGUUAAUGCAUCUAACACACUAGUCAGUGACAAACAAUACUAUCAAGCCGGUCGAAUUCCGUCUCCAAUCGAGAGAUGUGUAAAUUUUUAGAUUUUAUACGAAUUUAGGUCGGAUACAAUUUUACGAAUUUUAAAAGCAUGCACAAAUUAAUGGAAAUCUCUAUUUUUUGUAAUAACUUGAUACGAUAAGGAGCCUUACUAUAAUUCUAGCUAUAAUCACCUAAAGUACGCUUUCUUUAAAUAAAAUAUAAUCUAGAUUUAAAUACCGCAACGCGCUUUCCUUAAAGAAUAUUAUUUACUUUAUUGCGCUCCGUGUUCUGCUGCGCAAUCCUAAUUUUUACUCGAGUGCAAUUCAACAAGUCUAAACAUGCGUCCUUUUAUAGAUUCUAUCUAAUUUUAAACUCAGACUAAAUGAAAAAUGGUUUGGUAAUGGUUUAAUUUAUAUGUAACCCUAUCAUGUAAAGAUAUUUUUGGAUAUUUAAUAAAAUUACUUCUUUUAAUCAUAAAA